AUGCCGCCACGUCUCCCUGAAGGAGGUAAAACCCUGGUCUACUUCAGUGUCGAUAGCCAUGAUGUCAAGCUUGACUACUACCUGCCACCCAAUGCGAGCGGGAACCUCCCCGCCAUCAUCUACUACCACGGUGGCGGCAUGACCGCCGGCUCCCGCCGGGGCAUGGGAUUCCCGCACUGGCUAUACAACCACUGCCAACAGAAGAACUACAUCUUCAUCUCCGCCGACUACCGUCUCUGCCACCCCACCACAGCGCUCGACCAGAUUGAAGACGCGAAGGCCAUGUUCCGCUUUCUAGCAGGAGACUUCCAGAACUCCCUCCCAGAAGGCACAACCCUCGACACCACCCGCAUCGCCGUAACCGGCUUCUCAGCAGGCGGAUACUCCGCCCGCGCUGCCUGCAUCUACGCCACGCCCAAGCCCGCCGCCAUGCUAACCGGGUUCGGUAGCGCCGGCGACUGGCUCCUCGAUCAUUGGACGACUGGCCGUCCUCCCACUUCAAUUGCCAGCAUGGUGAACUUGGACGAAGUUCCCAAGCUACUUGCCGACAAGACCGUCGUCAGCGAUGACAUGCCCGAAGAUGGGGGUAUGAUGACGAACCGAUUCGCGCUGACGGUGCGGUGGGAAUUGGAUGGGACGUUCCUGGAUGGAUGUCUAGGACGGCCUGGGCUAGGUGCGGAGUUGAAUAAGUUGGAGUAUGCGCAGCGUGCGGCUGCUAUUCCAGAGGACUUGAAGCCAGCGUUCUUGCAGUUGCAUGUGACUGAGGAGCAUCCGCCUGCGGUGUUUGUGCAUGGGACGGCGGACGAUGUUGUCCCCGAUAAAGAGAGUAUUAAUCAUCAUGAGCAGUUGAAGAAGUUGGGUGUUAAGACGGAGUUGUUGCUUGUUGAGGGGGGUGCGCAUGGACUGGUGGAUUUCAGUCAGGGAUUUCCGCCCAAGCCGGCUAAGGGGUCUGUGGAAGCGUAUAAUCGGGGGCUGGAGUUUAUUGAUGAGGUUUUCGGUCGAGUUUAG